AUGGUAUCGUCAAAGAAAGCUCAAUGUAAGUCGAAUUUUGCGGUCAUUUAUGCCAGUAUAUAUGAUGAUAAAGACUCAAACUUUCAGUAUUUUUCAAUAUCUAUUCUCAACGAAUGUACAUAAUCAUCUCGCUGAUGUUCGGGAUGUGCGUGAUGCAGUACAUGCGGGGCAGCUUAGGUGAGUUUGUCACCUGAACCUAGGGCCGGAAUUUGAGCACUGAUAAGAUAAAUUUGUUAUGGCAAAAAAUCCCUUUUACCACAGCCAUCGUACCCAAUUUUUUUGCGUUCAUUUUUUUAUUUUUAGGAAUGAGUCUAACAUGUAUGGUGAACAGCACCGCGGUCGCACUACAACACACACAAACAGACAAAGAGCCGAUUCAAAGGGGUCGCGAAAUCUUGAAUGAGUACACAAUGAAGUGUAAUGCUCUCAGAAGUGGGUACAGUAACAUGACUGGAAGUAACAGCAAGGCAUUGAAUGACUAUGGAGUAAGCUUCUUCCUCGCUGCAUUACGGAUCAUUCGUUCCGAUUUUUUUUAUGGUGUAGUUGACUUUUAGCUGUGCAAAUAUCCGACAAGUCUCCAGCAGACACCAUAAUUUUUUAGGGCCAAUCUGUCGGGAAAAUGAUGUGCAUUUGUCGCAAAAAGGCCUUGCAUUAUCGCAGUCAGAUCUCCAGCCGCGACUAGCUUUAGCAACGCGAUGAUAGGCGAUGCCAAGGAGGGAUGAAUCCACAUUAUUUUCCCGACAGGUGGAUAUAUAUAAGACGUCUAUUUUUUCGUAAAACUUUGUGCGUGUAAUCAGCUGGGCCUGUAGCAGUUUUGGAAAGUUUUAGCUGACGUUUUCCAGGCUCAAACCGUCAUCAGAUUGCAGGCCUCGGAGGUCUUGGUUAUCAGCGCUUUUUGCAAAGCGGUUGCUCGGAGUCUAGCGGGCUCUGUAGAAGAGCUAUGCCUCAAUAUCCAUCUGUCGGAAAAAUAAUGAGCACAAUGUCGUUGCGCCUGUGUAAAGCAAUUUUUUCGCGACAAAAUUCAUUUUCUUGGAAGAGAUGCGAAUUUUGAUUCAACGGUUGCUCAUUAUUUUCCCGACAGGGUGACAAAUCCCACGUCUUAUUUUUUAAACUUGACGAUCCCCUGCAGGUAUAUUAGAAAUUUCCUUUUAUUUUUUCAGGGAGACAUAAUCUGGUCCCGGCAUGAACAGAACCUUUUAUUAUCUUCCAUGAGUCUCGGCUCGAUCAUGACAAUGAUUCCGGCCGGCUACUUGGCGGACCGCUACUCACCAGUGACUCUGAUCAAAGUCGCAACUCUUACAUUUUCCAUCAUGAACGCCGUCUUUCCAUUCUUGGCCAUGUACUUGGACUUUUUCGCGGUUUUAAUGGCUAGAUUUGUUUCUGGAUUGGGAGAGGUGAGUGAUGACUUAUUUAUAUAGUAGGCGUUGCGUGGAAGUUAUACGGAUUUCUGAGAACAGAUUCUAUAUUUUUAGGGCUUUGUUUCGCCUUCAAUAUUCUCGUUGAUCAGUCGAUGGGUUCCGAAUCACGAGAAGAGUCAGGCCAUCGCUGUGUUUACCAUCGGAUCCCAGCUGGCUGGGGUCCUAUUUCCACCGGUAACGGCGAUGUUCUGCGCCUCCGUUCUGCGAUGGGCGGGGAAUUUUUAUUCGACUUGUAAGUGAUUUGUUGGUAAAUAAGAUUCGCUAAUUUUUUGCAAAGAAAAGAUGAAAAGGUACAUGGAAAAAAAUUUUAAAAUUUAGAGUUGAAAUUUCUACGACAUAAUAAAUUUUCUUAGAUUGCAGUAUGUAGAAAAAACCAAGAAGCCUAGGUAGCAACUUGACGAAUUUUAUGACAUAAAAGUCUGUCGGGGAAAUAAUGUGGAUUUUUCGCAGCAAAAUAUCUCGCCUCAUCGCAGUCGCGCACCAAAUCUCUUGGCUAGCCGUCGCAAAGCGAGGAUGGGCGAUUCUAAGGUGUGACUAAUCCACAUUAUUUUCCCGACAGAUUGACACAAGAGAGUAAAAGCGCUAGGCUAGCUUUGCAGAGGGUUUUCCCACACUUUUUUCUGCCUGUGGCCGUUUUACUUUCUCUUCCGUUGGCAAAGACCGUUGAAUAUCUCGGAUACCUCUACAGAUACUCUUAAAUUGCCUUGAGGCCCAUUUCUGAUCAUUUUCGGCCAUCUAUGCAAUUUGAAACACAUUUGAAAAAUCACCCCAACAACCUCCAAGAGACAGAAAAUCUCCCCUACAAACAUAAAUCCCUUAUUUUACCCUUUUUUUCUUUUUCAGCCAUCCUAAUGUUUGUUUGGCUGACCAUCUUUCAUUUUGUUGGAGUCGACUCCCCAUCCAAAUCAAAGGUUAUAUCCGAAAGUGAGCGGAUAUAUCUUGAGCAACACAUCCACACGCACAACAAAAAGCUGCACGGAAAGCGGCCUUCAAUUCCGUUCAAGGCGAUCUUCACAUCAAAACCGGUGCUGUCGGCCCUCUAUGUUCACUUUACAUUUGGUUUCUACUUUGCGAUGGUCUCGCUGUUCAUGCCCAUAUUCUUCAAAGAAGUGCUGUUUUUGAACAUGAAAGAGGUGAGUGUUACGAAUUUUUUGUUUUCUAAUUUAGAUCUCCAAGCUAUGUAUGCUGACGAGACGACGCCGUAUUUUAAAAACUACAGCUAAAUUUGCAAUUAUAAAAAGGCAGAAAUAUUACAUUAAAUCGGUUUUCAGAAUGGUCUGUACAGCGCUAUCCCUCCAUUCUUCCAAAUCAUCUCCAAAAUAUCAUGGGCCAUCUUUAUUGACCGAUUAAAACGGAAGAAGAUCAUUACUCACACCAUGGGCUGUCGGAUAUCACAUGCGAUUGGUAAGCCGCGUUUAGGGUAAAGCACCUAUAGUAUGCUUGUCGGAAAAAUAGUGAAAAAACAGUCUGUCGCAUUGAAAAUUGCAUCUUCGCUGAGAAAAUGAAUUGUGUCGCGGAAAGGUCAAAUUUUCUUUCACUUCAGCAACGCAAUCUUGGCACCGAUAUUGUGCUCAUUGUUUUCCCGACAGACUGUUAUUCGGCAAAUUCGUAUUUGUAGCGGAAGUUAGCUAUUCUAACGCUGGUGUGCCGAAAAAUUACCCCGCGAACCUUUGGAAGCGAUAUGCAGUUAGUUUUACAUAUGUAAAAGCGCAAAACCUGAGCCCGUUACUGCAGUACUACAGCAAUAGAGCCCGCAACAACUCAUUUAUUCAGAGUAUAUCAAGUUAUUAUAAUAUAAUAAAAUCUGAGUCCUAUAUUCUUUGUUGGCGUUCUAUUGUGCCUUCUUAAGUGGAGUUCUACCCAUGACUUAACUUUACCCCAAUUUCCAGGCUCCAUUUCCUGUGGACUAGCCUUCAUUCUUAUCGGCUACCUUUCGGACUGCUCAAAUCCAUUACUAACGAUUGGGUUAAUGACAACUAUGGCGUUUUGCAUGGGGACGAGUUCGAGUGGCGCGGUGACGGCGCUGGUGUCACUGGCUCCGAUCUACACCGGGUUUCUGACCUCCAUCUCGUCGACAAUUUUGAUUUUUGGCACUAUGAUGUUACCCUUGAUGGUAUCGGUUAUUAGAGUUCAUGUAAGUCAGGAAUAUGAUUGUAAUGGCUUCUGAAAUUGCAGUAGAAUAUUGCAGUAUGCCUGGCCAAAAUUUUGAAUAAAGAAAAAUAGAUUCUUUCUGCGAAUUUUGAAGACUUAUUUAUCAAAAUCUUGAAAAAUCAUCAAAAAUCUUAUUUCUUCUUUUCCAGGGUACCGUUGAAGAAUGGCGACUUGUUUUUUACAUAGUUGGGGCUUUCACUCUCUCCAGUGCAGCUGUGUUUACCUGCUUUGGAGAAGCCGAAAUCCAAUCGUGGGCCAGCGGAGGCGGAGCCAAGCUUCCCGUAACAAUAGAGCAAGCCGAAAUAAUGCCAAUCGAAGCCAAAAACCUCAUCCAACACGAGGAGAAAUCAAAGGAAACGGACGUGGAACAAAGCGAAUAG